AGACGUUUUUGCCUGGGUUAUUGUGGCCUUGAUUGUUUGUUCUACAAUCUGUCACUGUGAAGUCACAGUCCUGCAAUCUGAAAUUCUAGUAUUCAUGCACAUUUCCUAGACCUUUGCCUCUUACCACCUGUCAUGUCCUCCUCUGUUGACAUUCAACCAUCAUGCAUACCCAUCAGUGAUUCUUGGAGUCCCGCCCUCAAUCUUUCGCCUUCAAGUGGUCCGCUUGGGUUUUGUGAUUUGAUGUCAUCGGCUUUCCCAGCACAAGAUCUUCAAAUCAGUCAGGAUUUGUAUGUUCCCGGUUGGAAAUUGGACUCGAUUCGUGAUAGCGAUCAGUCAAUUCUGGAGAAUGAAACAAACGUCCCUCCCCAAAUGCCACUGUGCGUCAACUACUUAACUGAAUGGAAUAAUUGCGAAUUGUCCGAUAACGGCUCCCUACCUGCUACGGAUAACAACUGCCUCAAGAACCGGCCUGGUGUGACAAAGCCAGCGCAGAUAGCCGGAGAAGGUGCAUCACGGGAGAGGUUUCUGGAGCGAAACCGUCAGGCAGCCAGCCGAUGUCGACAGAAGAGGAAAAAACACAUGCAGCGCCUGGAGUCUCGGUUCAAGGAGCAAUCAGAGAAGCAUCAGCAGCUCCAAUCUGAAUUUCGGUGCCUCCGAUUGGAGAUUCUCAGUCUCAAAAACGAGGUGCUGAAGCAUGCGGACUGUACAGAUAAUCAUAUUACUAAUUAUUUACAGCAGAUGGUCGAGAGAACCAAGGUGCACUGUCGUGAACAACAAGUAAAGAUAUCCAGUGUUUGUAACUCCUCAGGCCUGGACCAUUCAACAGAAUCGCUCAACGAAUGUUCGCCAAAUGCAGAUUUAGAUGAAUUUCUCAUGUCAGAAUGAUGGCAUUUACUUCUCCGAGACUGCUUGGUCUUGAGCAUCUCUUUUUACAUAGAUAUAAUAAGUGUCUUCUAUCAAUAAUUUGUUGUAUUAAAGUGUGGUAAAUAAGUCGCUUGUCAUGUUCCUGCUGAAUAGUGGUCUUGGCUGUUGUAAGUGUUACGCGUGUCA